GCUGUUGUUUUUGUAUAAAUUUGUUACUUAAUGCUUUAAAUAUAUGUGCAGUGAGAGUAUACUUUUUCUUUUUGAUUUGAUCACUAUUAGCCACCUUUUAUCUUCGUGAGGUAAAUCGCGAUAAAGGGGGAAGGAAAACGCGUUUCGAAAAAGGAUUUUCCGGUGGACAAAAAAGGUCGGAACAAAAGAAACCAGAGUGAGGAGUGCGGGUGGCUGGUGAAGCGAAUAAGGAAAAAAAAAACCCAAAGCAAAAAUGAUUGGCAUUGAAAGUGCCAGGUGGAAUUGGGGGAGGAGGAAAAUCUGUUGAAGAUGAGCUGGUGAACGGUUUUCCCAUUUCGGUGGUGCUGGUAGUGACAGCGAAAAUUGGGCCUAGAAGAUGCCGAAGCAUUGGAGGAUGUUGUAAUUGUGGUUCUGGGGAAUGGAGAUAGAAGAUUGAAAUGAGUUUUACCAGUCGGAUUAGGACCUCCGUGAAGCGGCAGAAGUAGCAGAAGCAGCAGCAGGAAGAAAAUGGAUUUAGUGGAAAGCAUCCAGUGGUUUUCGGUUGAAGAAUUGUGAGUGUGGGCCCCCAGCCAAAACCGAGCAAUCUGCUCGUGAUUGAGUGGAAUUUUCUGGAGUGGUCGUGUGUGGCCGUCACUGUGGAUGCCGUGGAAGAACCAACCCAGCGCGAUAAAGGUGUGAAGUGUGAAAAAUUGAAGAUUGAAAAAUCGAGAAAGACUGAUCAGUGGGAAAUUUUUGCUUGAUGGAAAAUCUGUGGGAGUGAAAAUCGAGCCAUGUGAAAAGUGUGCAGCACACACAGGAAAAAGCGUGAGCGUGAGCCCGAAAAGAGAGCGGAAGAGUCGGAGUUGGCUCUGGAAAUCCAGAGCAGCUGAGAGAGUGCUGUGCAGUUCGAGUUGGCCGUUGCUAGCCCCUGGAGUUUGGCAGUUUGUCGGAAGAAACAAGGGCUGCUGUGAGUGUUGUCCGUUCGGUACGUAAUUCGCACACACAUGCGGUGUGUGUGUGUGCAGGAUAGCAUUUUUCGAAAAAUAGCUCUCUCGCUCACCAACAAUGUGCCGUGUGUUCGAGUGCUUCCCGCUGGUGUUUUGUGAUAAUGCUCCACUGCAAAGAUGUGAUCGAAUGCAGUGAAUCGUCAUCAACGAUCAAUUUAGCGAAACAUGCAGAGUAGAACGAGCAACAAGCAACAAUAAUACCACCAUCUAUAUAAAAAAGCUGAGCCAGGCAAACGUGAAAAAUAUCGCACAUCAAACAUCGUGUUGACACCCGAAAUAAAAAAAAAAAGCGAGAGUGACAAAAAAAAAAUCCUGCGGCCAACAUUCGGUAUUCCAAUGUGCGUUUUCAUUCGAUGCAACACAUCCGGUGACAGUGGCUGCAGAUCCACCACCACAACUUGCUGCAGCAGCAACAUCUCCGACGUCAAAACUGAUAGCAGCAGCAGCAUCGACCCUAGGGUGAUAAUUAGCGUCGGAAAUAUCGGACCCAGCGGAAAUAGUUGUUGCUGGAGACUCAGCAGUCAUCACGGUCGGUGGCAGAGCAGUAGAAUCGAUUGGAGUUCACGCUUCCAUCGACUAUUGCCGGGCCGGGUUGGAUUACUAGGGAAUGGGUCUGGUUUGGAAUCAUGAAAAUUCGACCAUUCGGAAACGAUUGCUAUGCGAACCGGAACAACAACAGCUACCACGACGGAAUCAUCACCGGUGGACGGCGUAAUAGAUCAAUCGGUGCAUUAUUUCGAGAGAAACUGAAAGGGUCACGCUCGGAAUAAUCGUUUCACUAAAGUCACAGAAAUUGCCUAAAGGCGGAUAAGUUACUUAUGCCGCAUAGGAGAAACACAUACAGACUACAAGGCACUACUACCGUAGAUUUUCGAUACUAGCACAGAACGCAGGCUCACAAGGUCUUGGGUCUGUCUCGAACUUACAAAGCACACAAAUCGUACUGCCACGCUUCGAUCCGUCUAGGCAACUUGGAAUUGGUCCCCGGAUCUCUACGCCUUAAGGAGACAUACACACACAAACACGCUCAUAGCCCAUUGCUAACAUCCUACUGGUUCAGUUUUCGUGAAUCAAGUAUAAGAAGCAGGAGUUCGCUCACGCACGGAAAAUUUCGCACUAGAAUACGGUGACGUCUCGGGAAAGAUCAGCACCAAAGUGAGCAAGAAGAGAGCAAAAGUCUUGUGGAGAAGGUAAUCUUGGAAAAAUUCGCAUUAACUUCUACCACGUUCGGUCACUGUCCAAAACUUCACACCGAAGCUGGGCUCGAAAGCAGAAUCGAAGCACAAAUUGGACAUCAUGCGAUUAAAAAACUCUCACUCUCUACCGAUAAUCUUAAACGCAGAAGCCGUUUGAGAGUUGUAUAGUAAACCUUAAUUGGAUUAAAAAGUAAUUGAUAUUGAUUAAUAGUAAACGCAAGAGACAAGAAUAGUAUAUUACUCGUAAAGAUUGAAAAAAAUAAAGUUUCAUAAACAAAGACAAGUUUGCUGCAAUUCAAUAAUAAUAAUAUCAAUAGUACUUUAACAAAUUUUCAACAAAUUGAAUUAAUAUUAAUAAAAAAAAAUAACCAUAAAGGAACAGGAAGUUUAAUCCAUCUUAAUAAUAAAGCAAAAAAAAAAACAAGUUCGAAUAAUAUGUUUGGAAAACUCAAUAAUAAACAGAGAAACUUAUCAAUGAAAAAUAAACAUCAACUAAUAGCAUAUUGUUAUUAAAAGUAUAUAAACCAACCAAAAAAAUCGAUUCAUCACUACUUAAGGACAAGUACUAAUAUCAGUAGCGUAAACUAACAAAUUUGAUAAAACCCAAAAACAACCGGCAUCGACGGAAAAGAAAAAAACAACCAACAAGCAACCACUCCGGUGAAAAAAAAAAAACGAAAUAUCACAAAAGGAUUUAGAGGAACAAUCACCAACUACUAGUAGCUAACAGUAGGCAACAAAGAACAACAACAACAACAACAGCAACAAUAACAUCAACAACAACUACUACUACUAGAGCAAUCCUGCAACACUGACUCGAAAGAAGAAAAAGAAAAAGCGGAAAUCGUAGUUCAGAGAAGUCUCUCUCUCUUUCUCUCUUUUUCACAACUUCGCCAUUCAUCAUCAUCGUCACUGUCGUCGUCGUCGUUGGUCGUCAUCAAGUCGUUUCAUUGUCGUCGUCGUCAUCGUCGUCAUAGUCGUUACUACGCUGUCACCAACAACGUGGCAACAACAGCAACAACAAAAGCAACUAUAAAACCGGAAUGAAGAAGAUUCUGGUGAUCGUGAUCAAGAUGAUCAAAAUGAUCUCCAAGAUCAUCAUGCUCAGCCGGUAUCACAACUUCCGGUGCUACAAGCAGCUGCGGCUGUACAAGUGGAUUAUCGUGUUAAUGCUGGUGGCGAACUCGGUGAUGGUGUGUCUGGCCGGAUACAACGAGAAGAAAUUGCUGCAUGACCUGCUGGAUCCCUACAACACCCUGGAGCGGCCGGUGGUCAACGAAUCCGAUCCGCUGCAGCUCAGUUUCGGACUGACGUUGAUGCAAAUUAUUGACGUGGACGAAAAAAAUCAACUGCUCGUUACUAACAUAUGGUUGAAGCUAGAAUGGAAUGAUAUGAAUUUAAGGUGGAACACAUCGGACUAUGGUGGUGUCAAAGAUCUACGAAUACCACCGCAUCGAAUUUGGAAACCAGAUGUUUUGAUGUACAACAGUGCUGAUGAAGGCUUUGAUGGCACAUAUCCAACAAAUGUAGUCGUGCGUAAUAAUGGUUCUUGUUUAUAUGUGCCACCAGGAAUCUUCAAAUCAACAUGUAAAAUAGAUAUAACGUGGUUUCCAUUUGAUGAUCAAAGAUGUGAAAUGAAGUUUGGUAGUUGGACAUAUGAUGGUUUCCAGCUAGAUUUACAGCUGCAAGAUGAAACGGGUGGGGAUAUCAGUAGUUUCGUGACGAAUGGGGAGUGGGACCUGCUGGGUGUCCCUGGGAAGCGUAACGAAAUCUACUACAACUGCUGUCCGGAGCCUUACAUAGAUAUCACAUUUGCCAUCAUCAUUCGGCGGCGGACGUUGUACUAUUUUUUUAAUUUGAUCGUCCCGUGCGUGCUGAUAGCGUCGAUGGCACUGCUCGGAUUCACACUACCGCCGGAUUCCGGAGAAAAGUUAUCAUUAGGUGUAACAAUUUUAUUAUCAUUGACUGUAUUUUUAAACAUGGUUGCUGAAACAAUGCCAGCCACGUCGGAUGCUGUUCCACUUUUAGGCACAUAUUUUAACUGCAUCAUGUUUAUGGUUGCAUCAUCCGUUGUUUCAACAAUUUUAAUUUUAAAUUAUCAUCAUAGAAAUGCGGACACACACGAAAUGUCUGAUUGGGUUAGAAUCAUAUUUUUAUAUUGGCUGCCAUGUAUUUUAAGAAUGAGCCGACCUGGUAGAGCAUUAUCGGAGGAAUAUCCGACAACGCCAACGUCGGAUAGUUCCGAACGGAAAACGCACAUACAGGACGUCGAACUGAAAGAGCGAUCAUCGAAGUCGUUACUAGCGAACGUAUUAGAUAUAGACGAUGACUUUCGUCACAACUGUAGACCACUAACCCCCGGAGGUACACUGCCACAUAAUCCAACAUAUUUCAGGACUGUUUAUAGUAGCGAUGAUGGGAGUAUGGGACCGAUCGGAAGCAAUCGAAUGCCAGAUGCAAUUGCGCCACCACACACGUGUUUCACAUCAUCCGCUGAUUACGAACUAGCUUUAAUAUUAAAAGAGAUACGUUUUAUCACCGAUCAGAUACGAAAAGAGGACGAGGACAGCGACGUCGCCAAGGAAUGGAAAUUCGCAGCAAUGGUAGUUGAUAGAUUGUGCCUUAUAAUUUUCACAUUUUUCACAAUAGUGGCAACCGUAGCUGUUCUAUUUUCGGCACCACACAUCAUCGUUUCGUAGCCACAUGGAAAAGGUUAUUGUUAUUGGUUUUAUCAUAAAAUCAAUUUGUUAUUCAUUAAAUUAUUGUCGAGACUUUUUAAAUAAAUUUCAAACCAACAAGUGAACAACAUUAAGCAAAACAAAAGGGGUAGUGUGUAAUCAGAGAAAAUUGGAGGAAACGCAAAAAAAAAUGGAGGAAAGAUUAUUAAGGAAACAUUGAAGCAAACAAAAGCGGAACAGCGAAAUGGUGCUGCGUUAGAACGAAAAUACAGAAAAAAAAUAAAAAAAUAAGAAAAAAAACGCUAGAAAAGUGAAGAAAAUCGGUAAAACAAAACAAACAAGCACAACAACCGAAAGUAAAAAAAAAAACGAAACAAGGAAAAGGCAAAGUUUUUUGACAAUUAUUGCGUCUAGCAUUCCAUUUAUUCGAUCGAGUCAUUUCCACCGAAAAUCUCCCAUCCAUAGGGAGUUAGAAAAUCAGAAUACACUUCAGAUCAUUCUUUCGUUUAUGGAGUUUAAAAAAUCGCGAAAAACCAAUAUAGCUGCUGAUAAGUUCCCAUCGCUAGUGAGUAUUAAUUUAAGCGCAAACGGAAAAUCGUCGAGUUUGUUUGGGGCGGUUAUAUAUUUUUUUCGGGACGUAGAAAUUUUGCUAGCAGUCUAGAGUCAGGAUCGUCAAAAGCAAUAAGACGCAAGCAGUAUGCAGCCCAACUCUGUACUAACAGAGACACAGGAAACGAACCAUCGGAGACGUCAGAGGAUGCAGCUGGAUGCGGAUUGCAGUUUGCGUUGGAUGUCUUGGAUUAUUUGAGGGUUGAUAAGUGAAAAUUGUUUCACAAGGUUCAAAUAACUAAACAAAAUUCUGAAAAUUUUAAUUAACUCAGAUGUCUAUUCCAAAAACGUGUCACCGAGAAUUAGAAUGGUCACAAUUUGUUUCAUGGAUUAUCUUGUUGGAUGUGUUGCACCAGAAAUUUCGGGAGCAGUUACUUUGAAGAACAACACAACAACAACUCUGAUCUGAUGUUCUUUACAUUGUUUUAAUGGAAUUAUGAGAGCAAUCCAGGAUGAACAGGAGUACUCUAAAAAAUCUGAGAAUAUUCCCAAGAAUUACAAAAAUUUCCUCUUGAAAUACCCUGACAGUUGUGACUGAUUGAAAAUCAGUGGGCUGUAUUAGAAUUUAUGCCAAGACAACUUCAAGUAUUAGUACAAGACACAGAAACAGUCUGUACAUUGUAGACGAAAUACGCGUAUCUGUCAAGGAU